AGAUGGGAAGAAAACAUGGCAGCUGGGGGCUGGAAGAGGGAACCUUGGGAGCAGCUUACCUGGUGCAUUCUGGAAAGAGCAGAGGGCCUGGAGAAAUUCCCUGAUGCCCCUGAGUAGGGAUGAAGAAUAGGAUGUGGUACUUUGAAUUUGGCACAACAGAAACUUUUGCUUCAACCUGCAAGAAACUGCACACCUUCAUAGAGGUGGAGUGUGACGGCAUCGUCCUGGACCUCAAGGGCACCUUGCUAGAGGGCAUCGCGAUACUUAACAUCCCUAGUAUGUAUGGAGGUACCAAUCUCUGGGGAGAGGAAAAGAAACAGCGAAAAUUUUCCCUAGUAGGGAAGAAGAGUUCAGAGAAGCCUGUGAGAGGGACAAUCACAGACCCCAAAGAGCUGAAGUUCUGCAUCCAAGAUUUCAGUGACCGUCUUCUAGAAGUGGUGGGACUGGAGGGAGCCAUGGAGAUGGGACAAAUCUACACUGGACUGAAGAAUGCUGGGAAGAGGCUGGCUCAGUGCACCUCUAUUACCAUCAGGACCACCAAGAUGUUGCCCAUGCAAGUGGAUGGGGAGCCCUGGCUGCAGGCACCCUGCACGGCUAAAAUCACCCACAGAAAUCAAAUGCCCAUGUUGUUGGGGCCACCUCCAAAGCCCAGCUUCUUCUUCCUCAAGAAGCAAUACCCCCGAGACUUCUGAAAGGAGUAUCUCACGUCCCAAGCCAACCCAGAAAGUGAAGGAGGAACUGACGUCUACAUAUACCCCCCCACACACACACACACACAGAGCACCCUCAAGUAACUGAGGCAAAGAGACUCAACAGGACAGAAAUCUCCAUCUCGUGCCUCCGUCUACUUUCAAACUGGGACUACCAAGUGAAAAUAGCUUCUUGGAUGGCGCAGGGCUCAAAGGGUCCCUUGUCCACCAGCCCCCCAACUCCUGCUAGGCCCCAGGUGGCUCCCCUUAGAGAUGGGUGCCAAAGUCUGCCUUCCUUACACUGGUUCACCCCAAAGAGCCCAUGGAGAGCCAGCUUCUCACAAGUGGCAGAAGCCAAAUAGAGUUGAAAGACAAGACAAAUGUCCCCCCUCCCACCCACCCCCAGGCCAGAGACAUUGGAUACAAAACAGCCCCAGGGGGCUCAGAACACGACUCCUGGCAGAGGCCGCAAGCGCAUGUCCGUCUCCUAGUUGUCAUUUGAGCUCCAGCAUGGCUCCCAGAAGUUCCCUAAGAAGGCAGCAAAGGGGGUCAGAGGCUGGGGAGCCCUUCUUGGUUCAGAGAAUGCCAUCAGCUUGAGCACUCAUCAAGCUUCUUUCCUCCAGGCAGUGUCUGCUGGGAGGAGGCCAGCUCCCCAGGCAGGCCCACACCCCAUAAAGGGGGCCUUUAUUUUCAGAGUUCAUUGAGCCCCUGGGUGGGAAGGCAAAAAAUCUCGGGGCUUUAUUUUGCCAAUCCGUAUAAUAACAGCAUGUGAAACCUUCGUGCCACUGGCUUCUCUCUUCUUCAAGACAAACCAGGUCUGCCUGAGAGAGAGGCAGGAGAGAUGGAAGGAGAAAUGAAGAGAGAGGGACAGAGGGACAAGAGGGAGAGAAAGGGAGGGAAGGAGAGAGGAAGAAAGGUAGAGGGAGAGAGGGAGACAGAGACAGAGGGAGACAGGCCAAAGAAACACAGAUGAUGAGGGAGGAAGCAAGAUUCAGCUCACACCAACAGAUAAACUCUUGCUUACUCCCUUACAUACCACACACACACACACACACACACACACACACACACACCCCUCUCUUCUCUCUCCACUUCUCGGGGCGGGGGGGGGGGGGGUUUAAUUUAUAUAUUUAUUUAUAGAUAGACUUAAAUUGAUUGAGAAAGACCAAUAUAAUGAAAGAAGGGUGUGUGUUUGUGUGUGUCUGUGUGUAUGUGAGAGACAAAGACAGAAACAGAGAGACAGAGCCAGAAAGAGAGAAAAAGACAGAGAGACAGAGAAUAGUGGCAGUUAUAGUGUGGGAAGCACCCCACUGGAGUCGGAGGAACUGGGUAGGAAUUCUGCCUCUCUCAUUUGAGUCAAGACUUAAGAAGUCACCUCCCUAAAUCUGUUUCCUCAGCAACAUAAAAGGGUUGGAUGGGAUGCUCUCUAAAGUGUCUCCCAGUUCUAUACUGAGGGCACCAACUUUAGAGGCUACUGAGAAUGCUAUGGGUUCCUUUGAUGCUAGGAUGAAUCCCAGCAAGUGUGUCUCCCCCAAACAAGACACAUGCCCUCACUCCCACCUCUCUAAUCAGGACAUUUUCCAUGUGAUUUUCCCAGGGCAUGGUUUGUAGUACUCAGUUUAAGAUUAAAAAUUCCAACUUGGGUUCCUUUACCGGGCUUGCAUUCAAUGGGCAGCAAAUUUCUUCUACUGUCACCCCUCCCCUUCUUCUCUCCACUCUCCUCCCCUUUGCCCCUCCCCAAAAUUCUGCUACCACAUACUUCCUUCUAGUGAUCACAAGGAUUGGGGGACAUAACAAUAUCUCCUGAGCUAGAGCCCCGUGUGUUAUGGUUUAUAUCCUUUCCAGGUAGACAUACUGGGGGUGAGGAGGUAAGGCAAGGACUUUUUUUUUGGGGGGGUGAGGCAAUUGGGGUUAAGUGACUUGCCCAGGGUCACACAGCUAGUAUGUGUCAAGUGUCUGAGGCCGGAUUUGAGCUCAGGUAUUCCUGACUCCAGGGCCAGUGCUCUAUCCACCACCUAGCUGCCCCAAGGACUUUUAAUAAAGAAAAGUGCCCUAGAGUUUGAAUAGAAUCCAUUUGAGUCACUAUCCUGAGUCUAACAUUUAUCUGCCCAAUGGGUCCGUCAGUCACUGAGACUGAACUUAAGAAGUAAGGGUCUGGACCCCAGUUCUGGUUUGAGAUAGAAGUGCUGCUUAGUUCAGAGCUGGAAGAAAUCUGUUUUGUAAGAGUUGCAAGAAAGUCAUUGAACUCCCCCGUUUCCUCUCCUCCUACUAGAAGCAUCCAUUGACAGUGACUCUGAGGCAUCAUGUCCUCUUAGAGCAGGGAUUCUUGACCUGGGGUCUAUGGACUCUUUUUUUUUUUUUUUUAGUGAGGCAAUUGGGGUUAAGUGACUUGCCCAGGGUCAC